GAGCCUUGUGCAUUUGUGGGACCCGUCUCACGAGUGCACGGCGUCUGCCACGUCCCCGGAUUUGGGUUCUGGGGCGUGACAGAUUUUGUGGUAUCAGAGCUUAGGUUAAAUUAGAUAUCUGGAGAUUGAGUGGUAUCAGAGUUUAGAUUGAAAUUAAGAGUUUAAGAUUAAAUUAAGCACUUCCAGAUUGAGUGGCAUUAGAGCAGAUUGAGUGAUAUCGAGCCUAGGUUUAAUUGAAUACCUAGGAUUUGUUUUGGACUUGGCUAGCCAGUGGAUUUUAGAACCGUGGUGAGACGAGUGAUGGGGUUAUAUAAGGGACGAUUCUGAUUCAUGUUGCCUGAAUUUUCUCAUCCAUUUCGAUGAGAUGGUGAUCUGAUUGUUCUUGUUUUUUGCCUUCAUACUCUGUGUGAAGUUGUGAAAGUAAUCUUGCCCGUUAUGUCCUGAAGACCUUGUUUUGAAACUUGGUCAUUUCUGAUAGUCUGCACUUGUUUAGACUUGUUGCGUGAAUAGAAUUUUGUAUGCUCUUUUGCCACUAUUGUGAAAUCUGGGGAGUUGCAGAGACUUUUGUUAUUGAUCCUGUUGGUCUCUACCACAUAGCUGGUGGAGAAUUUGUUCUAUGCGUUUUAGGAGCUGGAUUACUUGGUAAUUCCGUUGCUCCUUAUCUUCUGAAAGUCUUGUAGUGAAGUUUCACUUUUUUUCAUUUGGAGCUUCAUGGUCUUUUCAUGUGGCUCAUUUGUCUAUAUUGGUUAAGCAAGAGCAGUGAUCAUUCAAUUGAAAUUGUUGUCUUUUGUGAAGAUUGGCAAGCUGUCAUAAAGUUAAACUCUCUAGUGUUGCCAAUCUCUACAUUCUUGAUACCUGAAAUUGCUUGAAACUCUUGAAUCAUCUUGAAUCUUUCUUGAGAUUGCUUUGUACUUGUUCUUGAAACUGAAAUCCAGAAAUGGAUAAUGAUUAUUGAAAUCCUCAUUAUCUUGAUUUUUGUCUGGAAUUAAUUCUUGCAUUGUUCUUGGAAUCUAGUUUGAGUUGUCCUUGGAAACGUUCUUGUUCUGACUCUGCUCUUGUUCAAAUUUUGUAUACUGCUCUUGCUUGAAUCUUGAAUAUUCUGCUAGUUCUUGUUUCAGUAUACCUGUUGAUCUUCUUGAUUCUUGGUUUUUGUUCAUAUGGACACCUCUUUAGGAGGGGUGACGAUUAUCAGAAGAUACCUAUAUGAGGUAUUCUAAAUUCUUGUCUCUUGCAAGUGUUAAUCUCUGUAUUCUUGAUGCCUUAACUUUGACUUGACUCUAGAAUGAUUUGAUUGUAAAUCUGCUUAGCCUUGCCUCCAUGAGCUACGAGGUGAAGGGGUAAUCUUUGAAGUACCUAAUGCCCUAGAGUUUUGUUGCAAGAGAAAUGAUUCUUUUAUCUAGCUGCUUGGAUUUUUGUUUGCCCUUUUAAUUGGAAGACAUGAAUCUUCUAAGCAUCUUGAUCCCAGUUAUUGCUUUGUUCUGUUAAUUAAUUCUAGUACUUGAG